AUGGCGGGCCGGAAGCCAGUCUUCAACGAUCGAAUUCUCAUCGACACCACUCCCCUCCCCGACUCUAUUCCUUCCGUCAAGGAAGUCGGAUCUACCUCCGCACCUCUACUCUCCGCUUCCUUCUUUAUCGGCGCCCGGUGCCGCCCCUACAAUGAUGAUUUCAUGCAGUGCAAGACCGAGAACCCCGGCAAGGGCGAGUUUGAGUGCCUAAAGGAAGGCCGCAGAGUCACCCGAUGCGCCGCCAGUGUCAUCGACGACCUUAACAAACACUGUCUAGAGGAUUUUCGCAAGCAUUGGCAGUGCCUCGACAACAACAACCACCAGAUGUGGCAGUGCAGGAAGGACGAGUGGAAGCUCAGCAGAUGUGUAUAUGACAACUUAAAACUCGAGAAGACCAUCCCAGAUGCUCUUAAGGGCCAGACACCCGUCCACCUUCGGACAAAGCAGAUCUACGCUCAUUAUCCCAUUUUAAGAGAUCGCGGCCAACCGCCCUUCGGCAAAGCUAUAGAUCCGCCUUCAGUCCAAGCACAAGCACAAGCCCAAGCUGAUGCGCCAACCUCAUAA